AUGAAGUUCCCCGCUUUCUUGGACAAAAUACCGGGUCUCGGGUACAGCAAGCCCACGACACUAGUGACGAGACAUGACGACUAUACGGUGGGAGAAACGACUGGAGGUUUAAGUGUCCUGUUCACAAUACUAUGUAUAGUGGACCUUUUUGGAGUAUUUCCUGUGAUAACCCUGCCUAAAAGCGUUAUAUCUUGUGGAAUAUACGGAUUACCGCUAGUUUUGUCCGUCUUCGGCUUGCAGCUGUACACCGCAGUUUUACUCGGGAAGAGCUGGUUACUGGCACAGAAGAUAACUCCAGACAUUAAAGAAAAGAACAGAUUUCCUUAUGCGGCGGUAGCAGAACUAGCAUUUGGCGCGCCAGCAAAGAGGCUGGUAACUUUUCUCAUCGAUGCUGCCGUCUUCGGUUCAGGCGUUCCGAAUUUCAUUAUCGCAUCGCAGACGUUGCAAAUAUUCUGGUGGAAGAUAUCGGGCGGUGAGAUCGGGAUCACUUAUUGCGUCUGGAUGGUCAUCUUGGGCUUGUUGCUAUGUCCUGUGAUGUGGCUCGGCUCGCCCAAGGAUAUGAAGCCAAUAGCGAUAACUUCAGUAAUAAUUGUUACCACCGUCGCACUAACUACAUGGACUUGUAUCCUGCGAGACGACACCUCCCCAAUGCCAACGUCCAACGUGGUAGACUUAGAACCACAACUACAGGAAUUCUUAAUAGCAUACGGCAUACUUGCAUUUCAGUUUGACAUCCACCCAAUGUUGCUGACGCUGCAAGUGGACAUGAAAGACAGUAAGAAGAUCAAUUCUGCAGUGCUGGGGGGUUUCGGGAUCACUGGGUGCAUGUUUGCAAUCACCACCGUCCUCUCCGCCUUCCGAUAUGGAACUGAUCUUGACAACAAUAUACUGCAGAGUAUUCCGUCCUCAAUACCACUGUACCUGAUGUCACUGCUUGUGACUCUUCAGCUGUGCUUGUCGAGCGCAGUCAGUCACUCAGCGCUGUUCCAACAUAUAGAAGACUUAAUGAAGAUUCCUAGAGAUUUCUGCUUUCAACGCUGCCUAAUAAGAUCUAGCAUCGUAGCUUUGGGAGUAAUUCUAGCGGAAUCGGUACCCCGAUUCGAUUUAGUUAUGGGUCUCGUGGGUUCCACACUCACUGGUCCGUUAAUGUUCAUUUGUCCUCCCGUAUUCUUCCUCAAACUGUGCUAUAUGAAAUCCAAAAUGUCUCCAAAACAUAAUCCUUUUUAUAAACUACUCGAGAAACAAAACGGAACUCAAAACGGUAGUUCACAUUCCCAAAAUGGUGGCACUAAAAGCGCCAGUUUACAAAAUGGUGGCACUAAAAGUGACAGUUUCCAAAAUGGUGGCAUUCAAAACGACAGUUCUCAAGAUUCUCAAAAUGGCGAUCUGUCAAAAAGCCCGCUAAUUUAUGUCGGGUCAUCGACCAAGUACAAAACGUUCACAGAUUAUGCUAUAGACAUAAUAAAAGAAGAAGAUGAAUACGCGAUCAAAUGGUACGAUGUUGUUUUAGCUUUAAUUGUGAUGACCAUUGGAGUUGUAGCGACCAUAGUGGCGACAUAUUCGAGUUGGGCGAACUCUAUAGCUUAUGCCACGUUUAGUCCCCCAUGUUUGAUGAACGCUACAGAAGCUGCCAGAAGCUUUUUGCAGCUACCUAUGUCUGUAUGA